CAGCCAUACAUACUAUUUCCUUCCCUUUGAAACAGCAAACUUUCUGUUUCAACUUUCACUUUGCAUCUUCUUUUGAAUCCUUAUUUGACAAGCUCAGUUACUAGGAGUGUCUGUAAUUAAUGGCUUUGGUUACAACUGCUGAAGUGUGUGAUGCAAAUCCACAGCUAAUUGUGGGAGGUGAACUUCGGGCCCUCCUGCCAAUAUUCCAAAUAUAUGGUCGUCGCCCGGUCUUCUCUGGACCUAUAGUUACACUGAAAGUGUUUGAAGACAAUGUUUUGAUCCGUGAGUUCCAUGAGGAGAAGGGAAACGGAAGAGUUCUAGUUGUUGAUGGGGGUGGUAGUUUAAGGUGUGCCAUACUUGGAGGCAACCCCGUGGUUCAAGCUCAAAAUAACGGAUGGGCUGGAAUAGUGGUUAACGGCUGCGUAAGGGAUGUUGACGAGAUAAACGGUUGUGACAUUGGGGUGAGAGCACUUCAUUCUCAUCCUAUGAAGGCCAAUAAGAAGGGAAUCGGGGAGAAACAUGUCCCGAUAACCAUUGCCGGGACUAGGAUAUGUGAUGGGGAGUGGCUUUAUGCAGACACUUAUGGUAUCCUCAUCUCCAAGACUGAUCAAUUACUCCAUCAGAGUUCGUUUCUCCAAGACUCUACCGUUAAUUGAUGUUCGACUGAUUUG